AUGGACGUGCUCCGGCAGCUUCAGGCCGAAGAGGAGCAGCAGCCAUGUGUGCCGGCAACGUCAGGCGUGGCUGAGCGCGCGAAUCUUGCUGCACUUUGGGCUGCUGCCGCGCCGCGCAUCAUGUCCAUGGACACGGACGACAAUGCGCCGAGUGAUGACCUUAAUAGUGCUCAGGGUGGCACACCCGACCGCGUUGAUCAAUACUACGACGACCGGCACGUAGUCCCGUUUCACAUCAAUGAGGAAACGUUCCCGGUGCCGACAAAGAUGUCGGACGAGCCGUGGUGCCCAGGGAAGCCUCUGCGCGUGGCCUACGUCAGCUGGAAUAUGGGACAUAGGGAGGCGUGUAAAGAGGAGGUGUCGCUGUACUGCAUCCGCCCCAAUGCCCAUAUCAUUGUAGUAUGCACCCAGGAAAACGGAGACCACCUCGGCCUCAAGGGGAAGCAGAAGCGGUGGACGAAGUUUGUUGGGCAGACGUGUCUGCAGAACCUCUACACACUCGUGGGGCACAAGACAUUGUGGUGCAUACAACUUCUCGUCUACGCCCGGCAGAGCGAUGUUGCGCCAUACGUGCAGCAGACUGAUGCGUCAAGUGUGAAGACGGGCAUAGUGAAUGGCUUAGGUGGCAACAAGGGCGGCGUCGCGGUGGCGCUGGCGCUAUCCAUGUCUGUCUCGCCUCUGAAGGUGAACCCGGAGAGCCUGCACAAGAACACUUCCUUUUCGAUGGGGCAGUCGCCCUCAGCCUUCUCUCCGAGAGAGGGGCCUGGUGCAUCGCUAGACGCCAAGAGUGAUUUCGGACGCGCCGUCACAGCGCCUCCGUAUAUAACCCUGCUGUUCAUUGGGGCACACUUGGCCGCACACCAAAAGGGAGUGAGCUUGCGAAACAAGGAUUAUCACUCUAUUAUACGAGCGCUUCAGGUUGGUUUUUGUGGGCGUCAUAAGGCAUUCUUUGAGAAGCUGCACUCGGACAGCAAGAGCAUGACAAAACAUACUAACUGUGACGGGGCAGCUGGUGAAAACGGUGUAGGGGCCACAUAUGAUAAAAACGGUGAUGUUGAUGAUUGUAAUAGUAGUGAGGAUGACAGUGACGUAGAUGACGAAUACAACCUCUCCGUGAUGCAGCUGCCACUCGCAGAGUCGCAAUCAGGCUCAGAGAGCCACCGCGACGUGACGGAGGAAUUUGAUCUGGUAUUCUUUGGUGGUGAUCUCAACUACCGCAUCAAUGGUACACGCAAGGCAAUUGAGUACAUCAUCAAACAACACAAGGAUAUCCGCUCUAUUCUCAUUCACAAUGAUCAACUGAAUCUGGAGAGAGCGAAAGGUGUUGUUUUUCACCGUUUCCAGGAGGGUAAGCUUUUGUUUCGCCCAACGUAUAAGUACGAGAUUGACCACGAUGCGUAUAAUUUUACUAAAAAAAAAGACCGUAUGCCGGCGUACUGUGACCGUGUCCUCUAUAAGACGCGUCUGAGGUCCGGAUCGAGCCGAGUGAAGAUUCGUCUCUACACGGAUGUACAGCAGGUGCGGACAAGCGACCACCGCCCCGUCGUUGCUAUAUUUGAUGUCGCAACGCAGGCCUAUAGUAUGCCGGAAGUAAAGAGAGCUUCCUCGAUUUGA